AUGAGGCAAUAUUUUGACUGUUUGAAUGAUGUCGAGAAGGCUGAUGAUGAAAACGGUGGAGACGAAGAAAACAAAGAGGAAGAAGAAAGUGAUGAUGAAAACCGAGUGGAAAGUAGCGAGGACGAGAGAGAAGAAGAACGUCAUGAAGAGCGAGAGGAAGAAGGUGGUCAAGAAGUAACUAGACCGGAAGAAGAAGUGCAAUCUAAGGAUGAGAACCAGAUAUUAGGUGAAGCUGGAGCUGAUGACCCACGGUUUGCAAACUUGUUUGCACUAGCUGAACUAGAGACUCCUACAGUUCGUUCAAAGGGUACUCAACCUAAUGUGGAUGUUGAAGCUGGUUACGACAGUGAAGUCGAGGGUGAAAGAGUACUUCCUCCUGGUGAAUAUCCAGAUUCUCCAGAAGACACUGAUGAAGAGUAG